AUGAUGUUUACGUUAUUAUUUAUGUUGUCGAUGUUCACUUCUUGUUAUGUAGAACAAGUGAAUUUCUGUAAAGAAGCCAAAGACUGUCAAACGUGCGCACAAUCGUACACACACAUUUUUGGAUUUCGUGAACAUUGCAGGUGGUGUGUGGAGGCCAGCCUUUGUGUUGGUCCUCUUGCGUGUCCUCUUGGAAAGGCUGUCGUACAACGUUAUCCGUUCAGGUGUCCAACAACAGUUAGUGUUUACAGUCGUUCAUUUCAUGGCUUCAAAAAUUUAACUCGAACCUAUCGAAUCGAAUGUGACAGUUCUGGUAACUUUUGUGUCGGUAUGUUAGCUGUUUCCGACGAGGCCAAAGCUAUCUAUAUUGUGUUCAAAGACACCACGACAAGAAAACAGCUGGCCACAGAACUCCUAAAUGGUCUCGGUGCCCAGUUCGGUGCUUGGGAAAAAUUUGAAAGCAUGGAUGCCGGUGUGAUUUCCUAUUUUCACAAUGCAUUUUACAAAGUCUUCGUCGACACUGGAAUGAAGGACGAAUUCCUUCAGCUGCAGAAAAAAUAUCCAGGAUAUCGAAUAUGGAUAACCGGCUUUUCCUUAGGAGGUUCUUUAGCGUCGAUGGCGUCCGUGUAUUUAGCGAAGAAACAACUUGUCGACAAAAACCUUUUACGAUUGGUUACAUUCGGUGAACCGCGAACGGGAAAUGUCGCAUUUGCAAGGGAUGUCGAAGAAAAUGUUGCGUUCCGUUAUCGAAUAGUGAAGAGAAAUGAUUUUAUAUGUGGCCUUUCUGAUGAUUUUGGUUGCCGAAACACCAUGCUAGCAAUGGAUCCUCUUGAUCAUAUGACCUAUUUCAACAUUGAUCAUACCAACUUCUCCACCCAGCGAUGUCGGCGUGACGUACUUUUUUGA